AUGAAUCAGGUAUGCAUGAUUGCUUGUUGUGCAUUAUAUGUAAUAGUCAAAGGAUCAAGGGCUGAUCAAGCAAUCACAAUGGAUCUGUCUUUGAUUGCCUUAGCCUCAAUUACCUUGGUUUCCGUACUCUUUCUUCUGAAGUUUCUCACCAAGAGAAAUCAUGGAUCCAAAAACCUACCGAAAGGGUCUCUUGGCUUGCCUUUGAUCGGAGAGACCAUCAGCUUUUUAAAUGCGCUCAGAAGAGAGCAAGGCGCUGAAUGGAUAAACGAAAGGGUAGCAAAAUACGGGCCGAUAUUCAAAACGUCGAUAGCGCGUACUCCAAUGAUUUUUGUUGCCAAUAUAGCUGGGAACAAGUUCGUGCAUGGUUCUGGCAACGACGUUUUUUCUACCAACCAACCAAAGAAUAUAAGAGCCCUCCACGGAGGAUGCACCAUUUUCGAGCUAUCUGGGUCAAGGUACAUAUUGGUAAAAAAGGCAAUGUUAAGCUUCUUGAGCCCCGAAAAUUUGAAGGACUACGUCAGGCGAAUGGAUGAUUUGGUGACAAUCUCACUACAGAAAGAAACAAACGGGAAAGAUACCAUUAAAGUUGUUGAUUUUAUGAAGAAGCUCACGUUUGAUGUUGCUUGCGACAUUCUUUUUGGCAUCCAGGAUGUGGAAACGAGGGAGGCCUUCUUGGGUGAUUUUCAUCUAGUUUUCGAAGCAUUUGCCGCUUUCCCUGUAGAGUUCCAUGGGUCUUCUUACUCCAAGGGCUUGCAAGCCAAAGCAAGGAUUUCUAAUCGAUUCUUGCCGAUUCUGAGGAAGAGGAAGGAGGAGCUCUCUACGGGUGCUUUGAGUCCAACAAACGACGUAGUGUCGUGUCUACUGGCACUAAGAGAUGAGAAUGGAGAACCCAUUCCGGAAGAAGUGGUUGUGGAUAAUUUUAGAUUCUUAAUAAUCGCAAGCCAUGACACGACGGCUGUUCUUUUGAGUUUGAUGGUGUGGAAGCUAUCUAGAGAUAAGCAGAUAUUCUCUGAAGUUUUGAACGAACACAUGGAUAUAUUAAGAAACAAACCAGUAGUAGCAGAAGAAGAAGAAAAGCUAACAUGGGUUGAUAUACAAAGGAUGAAAUACACAUGGCAAGUUGCCCAAGAAUUGAUGAGGAUGAUACCCCCUAUUAUUUGUAACUUCAGAAAAGCACUUAAAGAUACAAACUUUGGUGGCUAUGAUGUUCCCAAAGGAUGGCAGGUUGUUACCGUACCCCAUGGGACGCACAUGGAAAAGGAUAUCUUCAAUAAUCCUACGGAGUUUGAUCCAUCUCGUUUCGACAAGGCGUCUAAACCAAUCCCACCGUAUGCUUAUAUUCCUUUUGGAGCUGGAACUCAUACUGUAUUGGGAAUGAAUUUGCCAGGAUUGAAACCUUGACUACUAUCCAUAAGCUGGUUACAAAGUUUGAAUGGUCACAAGUGCAUCCUGACGAAACUAUCACCCGUAAAGUUAUGCCGUUUCCAUCAAUGGGUCUUCCGAUCAAGGUCCGGCCAAGGCGGAUUCCGACAUGAAAAGCAAAUUCAAAUGUUGUUCAAGAUCCUAUCUUGUCCGAAUUAUGUUCAUACUGCUAUAUGUACUACGUACCAUGUUUCU